AUGGUUAGGCGAGGCGAGGUCAUACUCAUUGACGUUAGAACUCCAGAAGAGAUUCAGCGAAACGGACGAAUUGAGGGUUCUGUAAACAUUCCUUGUAGGCAGCAUUCACUAUACCUCACUUGCGCUUCGCAGUUGAAACGUUUAGAGAUGCUCUUGAUUUGACGGACGACAGCUUUUGCAAAAAGUAUGGAUUUGCUCGACGCAGGCUCAGCACAACGCCUCCUGUUUUUAUUUGCAAGGCGGGUAUUCGAAGCAUGAAGGCGCUCAUUAUCUCCAAGGAAUUCGGCAUUGAGAAGUUUGUUUGAUAUUCCGUCAUCGGCCUUUUCAGAGCAUUCGUACUUUCUGGCGGAUUCGAUGCAUGGAAAAUGGAAGAUAACUAG